CGCGGGAACCCACCUUUUGGAUCCUUACCAGCUUGCUAUUUGAGUUGUUUCAGCUUCAUGCUUCGCAAGUCUCUCUUCCUCCCUCCUUUACGACUGACUUCUUUCCGCUUCCCUGGCACCGGCUGCUCCUCUUGGAUUUUCUCACUGCUAGUUGCUCGGGGUUGCACACUCUCACCUCUUUCUCUCCUUCUCCGUCUGCUGUCUGGACCCGUUCGAAUUUUCAACAAGUCUUGGGAAUCCCGCAAUGUCACGCAUCCACUUCGACCGGGCUUAUCAAUUGUCCGGCGAUGACUCAUCUUCAAUAAUUUUGGCAACGGCGACCAGCACGGCGGGCGGGUCCUCGAAUCCGACCUCAAUGUCCUCCAGGGUUUCUUCUCUCGGACCCCCAUCGACCGCCCCUUCGAUUUUCACCACAGCAGCCUUCGACACUCACCCAUCGAGCACACUCGACGUGACCCCCAGCCCCGUCGCCACGGUCACGGUGACACAGAGCCAUAUUGGAACUUUUCUCGCAGUCGGGAUUUCCCUCGUCGUUCUCCUAAUAGCUCUGUUGUGCUUCGUAUACUGCUGCGGGCGGCGUUCGCGCGCGACGGCAGACGUGGCGGAUGACGAAGAAAUCGAGCUCGGGAGCGUCCCGAAGAGACGCGCUGGGCGUGCCGGAGCUAUGCCCUCCGGUCGCUGAAGGGACGACGUGAUCUGGAGGCUGUUCUUACUAUUGCGCUGCGUUCGGUAGCUGAUUGGGUGGGAAUUGAUCAUGAUAAGUGCGGGCAAUAUUUCCCUUGAAGCGCUUUUGGAAAGCCUGGAUUUUCACAUCUAUCAGCAGGUGCUGCGAUCCGAUGCGAUCUGCCUAGACAUAAGGCCUAGACUGACUGUGAGACUUUGCACUGCCGUUUGGCUUACCAUGGCCAUUGUCCUAUGGCGCAGCCGUCCCCAAAAAAUCGCCUGCGUAAUGAGCUUUCCAAAAUGAUGCGAUGAAGGAAAGCGCUACAUCGGUUUGUGCAUAACUAAUUUGAACGCAGCAAUUAAAAAAAAAGCUUUGUCAAGUGCCAGUGGAAGGUAAAGAACUCAGCCGGGUUUCCUCAUCUCAAACGGAGCCCCCCGAUCUCCGAGGGCAGGCGAUGCCACCACUACGUGCGACGACAUACGUUCAGCGUACGAAGGCGGUGGAUCCAACAUUGAGCCACUAUCAACAUCCGCUGUGGAUGCCAGUGCAGAUGGGAGGUGCGUGCCGCCGGCCGAGGCUGAGCCCGAGCCCAGGCGAUUCGGCGACAGCAGGGACUGGAGAGACCCGGCGCUGUGCACUUGGACAGUGGUGUACGGAACAGGUGUGCGUUCCUGAUCCUCCGUGGAUGUCCUGCAAGUGCGGUGGCGACGGUAUCGCAUACAAAGAAAGAUGGCCGCAAGUGCGACGACGGAGAUGCAGACGGCGAUAACGACGCCGAUCAUGCUGGUAUUUUUCCGGCGAAUGCCGGUGGCGGGCGGAGACACUUCGGGUGAAGUACCCGUGGAUGCGGUGGGAAGAAGAGCGCUCGAAACAGUGGCGGAUGCAGAGGAUGACGCGGAAGAUGAUGGAGUAGAUUGAGAUCCAUGCGAGGUUAUGCUCCUCGAGGUUAUAUUCACGCUGCUGGGUGAUUGCGGACCGACAGUUGAUAUUGAAGUCGAGCUCUGGAAUACGGUGUCCGUGCUCCCUGUGCUAGACAAUGUGUUGAUCACUGCGGUGCCCACAGCUGUUGCGGUACUCGUCGUGACUUGAGUCGAAACUACGACCGCCGUGGUGGGAGGCGUCGACAAAGUGGAGGAGGUCGCCGGUUGGUCAUCGAACCUGAGGUAAAAACAAAUCGAGCGCAAUGAAACACAACAACCGCCCGAAAUUGAACCACU